AGGCACUGGACUACAUAUUGAAAGCUUUGAAGCUGUGUGAUGUUGACGACCUGCUUUGUGCAAGAAUACACAGCGAUCAUGGUGACAUAUCUGAAGGACUUGGGCGACCUCAGCUCGUCGGCACAGAGUUACGAAGUCGCCAUUCGUCUUGAUCCUGAUCUCGCUCACGCUCAUCUGAACCUUGCUGUGAUCAAACACUUGGAGAGUGACUACGCAGGUGCAUUUAGACACUACCAAGUGGCCCUGUCUCUGGACCCAAAGAACAAGCUCGUCAUAGACAACAUGGCCAAGUUGAGGCGACGAAUCACGAGGUCACUGCCUUUCCACGACUGCGUUUAGUGCUGACGCUUCAUCGGGGUGCACGUACUGUGCCGCUUCUCUGCGUAUAGACAUUGACGCUCCGGCGACACCUCUUCAUAUGCAUUCACAGUGUACCGCUUUCUAUGUUCCGCAAACUUUGUGAGUCAGCAUGCAGACGUCCGGUUAGUUCACUCGAACUGUAGAACGAUGGUAUCCGGACUCGUCAUUAGGAAUUCGUGUUCUAGGUGUAUGUACUGCAUAAAAUGUGCUUCGGAACAUCCCGUGCCGUUCAACAGUGAUGAUAGAGCCACCUCCGAGCGGGCUGUGAAAUUUUCUCUUCGUCGUUUUCUAGACGUCCUUUACUUUAGAAGCCGUUCAACUUUACCGGAUCCAAAUGACGCAAUAUAUCCGCUUCUUGAAUAUCCACAUAAUUUUUGAUGCCGCGGCACCAUAUCACCGUGCAGUUUUCCCAGUCUUAUUAAUUUUGCUACC